AGCUUGCAUUGAACGCCUGCCUCAGACUGGCUUAUUGCUUGAAAGACCGUGAAACCGACAAGGGAAGGCUAAAACAUGUCGUAUGUGGUUGGAGCUGACCUUCCGUUACGGCUAUUCCCUCCACAUUCCGAUGACGACAUCUCCGACCGCCUUCACCACAGAUGGACGGUACUGAUGCUUGCCAUCAUGGCUAUAGUGGUUGGCGUGACCGAGUACGUGGGAGACCCGAUCCAUUGUUGGUGUCCUGCAGAGUUCACUGACUCCCACUGUAACUACACCGAAGCCAUCUGCUGGAUCAAAGACACCUACUACAUCCCCCAGACUGACUACGUACCCACCGACAUACACCGACGGGAGGAGAAAGAAAUCAAAUAUUAUCAAUGGGUUCCGAUAAUCCUGCUCUUCUUGGCUCUGUGUUUCAAAGCGCCUAACCUCUUCUGGAAGAUGCUGAACACGAAGAGUGGUGUGAAUCUUGAGAAGAUGAUCGCGCUCUGUGAUGACUGCCAAUUUGGAUCCGAACGUGAGCAUCACAUUGAAAUAGUAGGACAUGUCAUAGAUCGCUGGCUCAGAGCAUCAAAACGGGCAACGUUUGGUAUCCUCCACGUCAUCAUUGAAAAACUCUCUGCAUGCUGCUGCUUUUGUCUUGGAAGAAGAACUGGAACCUACUUAGCUGGUCUCUACCUUGGCAUCAAGAUCCUCUACAUGUUUGUUUCCGUUGGCAUGCUGUUCCUGCUGAAUAAAUUCCUUGCGAUGGACUAUUGGGUAUAUGGAGCGGAGGUGAUCGAACACCUGUUGACGAACAGCGAAUUGAGGGAAUCGCCAAGAUUCCCAAGGGUAACAUUAUGUGACUUCGAAAUUCGUCAAAUGCAAAACAUUCAACGCUAUACGGUACAAUGCGUGCUGUCCAUCAAUUUGUUCAACGAAAAGAUCUUCGCCUUUCUCUGGUUCUGGUUCGUAAUCAUGAUAUUCUUCGGGGUCUACAGCUACAUCAUGUGGCUCAAAAACGUCAUCAUCCCAUCCAAGCGGAUCUCAUAUGUACACAAAUACCUAUGCAGUAUUGAUCGUAAGUUGCAGAAGUCUCACGCUGAGGGUAAGUUCACGCGAGAUUACCUUGCUACGGACGGGGUGUUUGCUCUGAGAAUGUUGGAAUACAACACGAAUGAGAUGGUAGUGUUGGACGUCAUGAAGUUCCUGUGGGGAAAAUUCGGAGAAAGUGUCGUCGUCUAAUUGGUCACAUGGAACUGGAAUGGAAAUCUUUCACCGGUGCUAAUAAACUGUUCCCAUGAAGUAUUUUUGAAUCAUAUAUUGAUUGAAAUCAUUGGAUCAUGGCAUUUAUACAUUAUAUCGGUACAUUCAGCUGGCACACCAGACAUGAUUUUACCCGUCCUCUAAGUCAUCUACAUCAAUAAGUCGUGUAUCAGAUAUUACGUCUUCUGUUCAUCCAACUUUCUAGAGGGACGCCUACAUACAUGCAAAGAACUCAUGCAUUCCGUAACACAUUCGAUAUAUAGAAAUCUAAAUCUCUACACUUUUCACUAUUCUUUUAUCUGGAAAAUAAAUUGAAUGUGAUUCAAAAAUUAAAUCAUAUCAUGACAGUGCAACGUCUUUAUUGUACAUUCUCUCUGUGACAAUAUUGCACAUAUACAGUCAAUGUAUCGUACUUUCAUAAAUAUUAGUAAUUGUUUUCUGUUACAGUUAUGUUUUGUUAACAUCUUUGUAAUUAUGUAUACCUUCAUUCUCAAACCUAUAAAAUUGCACAAAUUAUAGCACAAAUAUAUAACGCUCAAAUUGUCAGUGGAAUAAUUAUUUUUCAUAUUUAUUUGACAAACACUUCGGCGUGUACGUUUGCGUGUACAUAAAAUAUCAUAUAACA